AUGAUAGGUGAGGCGGCUGAGUUAGUACUUGAUACUCCUUUGACGGAUAAAGGGUAUGAUGAGGCGUGGUGUUUAGUUCAAGCUACCUAUCGUGACAUUAAAAAGAUCACAAGAAAACACUUUGAUCAGUUGUUUUCCAUAAGACGAAUUAAAAACUCAGACGAAAUAUCUACUUUGUUGGCGCAUGUGAAUAGAGCUCUGAAAGGUCUCAAGGCGUGUGGAGAAGAUCCAGAUAAUUGGGGUCCGGUCUUGUGCUAUCUGGUAUCCGAGAAAUUAGACGAGACGACAUACACUGAAUUUGAGAAGACUUUGACUACCAAUACGAAAUUUCCUUCUUGGAAAAGCCUGAAAUCAUUUUUGGAGAAUCGCGCAUCUAUAACGAGACGUCCUUCUGAUAUUGUAAAGGCAGCUCAACGUAGCAAUGCCUCUCAGAGUAAGCGUACAAGCCUCACUACUGCAGUGAGCGACGAGACGAAGUCAAAGUCACCUCAAAGUGACAGUCAUACAGCUGACAAUAAGAUGAGGCGAAAGUGUGCUUGCUGUGAGAAGCAACAUUUGUUAAUCGAUUGUGAGACGUUUAAAAGCAAGUCGCCCAAAGAGCGAUAUGAAUUUUUGAAGACGAAAAAUAUCUGUGGAAAUUGCUUUUAUGCAAAUCAUAAGACGAGUGAAUGUCGUAAGUCGCCUAAUUGCAAGCGAUGUACGAAAAAACAUCAUACGUUACUUCAUUUUGAAGAAAAGCAAUCCGAGUUAGAUACGAGUAGAAACGAUUCGAGUAGUGGUUCGUCUGCAACAUGCGGCAUGUUUGUACAAGGUCCGUAUGCCAGUAUGAACGAGUCGGUUUUGUUAUCUGUACGUAAGCCAGUACCAUUGUUGCCUUCUGCAAUUGUUAAGUAUCAAUGUGGCGAUAAGUCUGGUACCAUGCGAGUAUUGUUAGAUUCAUGUUCACAAGUGAAUUUGAUAUCAGAGACGUUUGUUAAGCAACAUGGUUUAUAUUCUACUAAGGUUUCCCAGACUAGUAACAUUGUAGGAGUAGGAAAAUUAGAGACGUCUUGUAGUGGAGUUGUCAAUAUGACCCUCCAAUCGAGAAUUGAAAACUUCGAGUAUUGCACCCAUUUAAGCAUCGUAGAUCGUAUACCUUACUCCUUACAUAAUUUAUUCGUUGAUAAUUUCUCUUCCAAAGUGCAUCAGCAUGGGUUUAAUCUUGCUGAUACAGCCUUUUAUGAUCGAGUUGUGAAUAUUCCUGCAAUAGACGCCGUGUUAGGAAUUGAGGCGUAUGACAAAUGUGUCCGAGGUCGAACUGUAAAAAUUGAGUCGGCUUGUCUUAGAGACACCACUUUUGGUUGGACCGUGUCUUCUUUGAUCGAGUCGAGUCGUAAUAGUGGCCAUUCUGAAGGCUACUGUGGUCUAACUUUGGACGAAAGAGUCGAGCGAUUUUGGAAAAUUGAAGAUAUUCCAAACGAUAAAAAAGUUUCUGAACAUGAUGCUUGUAGAGAGCACUUCAUGAAGACGUAUAGACGAGCACCAGACGGGUCAUUUAUUGUUCGGUUACCUUUUAAGGAAGACCCUGAGGCGAUUACUGGUAAUUUUGGUAUAGCGUUAAAAUACCUCAAUCGAAUCGAGAGUAAACUUGAUACUAAAACGAAGGCGAUGUAUUCUGAUUUUAUGGAGGAGUACCAGGCGUUAAACCAUAUGUCAAUUGUAGAUGACGAGAAGCCGAGGUAUUUUAUUCCUCAUCACGCUGUCUUGAGACCCUCAAGCACAACUACUAAGUUACGAGUUGUUUUUCAUGCAUCUGCAAAGUCGUAUUGCGGAAAGUCGUUGAAUGAUGUACUUAUGGUUGGUCCCACACUGCAGCCUGAGCUCUUUGAUACUUCAUUGAGGUUCAGAACGAGACGAUGGGCAAUUGUAGCUGAUAUUUCUGGUAUGUAUCGUUGUGUUUGGGUUGAUGAAGAAGACAGGCGUUUUCAGUCGAUUAUUUGGCGAGGCAAAAAACGAGAAUUAAACACGAUUACCUAUGGCACUGGUAAUGCUUCUUAUACAGCAACAGCCUGCUUAGAAGUAGUCGCUGAAGAGGUUAAAGAAACGCAGCCAGUUGUAUCCGAGUCGAUUAAAAAAGAUUUCUAUGUAGAUGAUUGGCUAUCCGGCGCUGACUCUGUAGAAGAGGCGAUUGAACUUCAAAGAGCAGUGCACGAGGCACUUCUAUCAGGCGGAUUUAAAUUGAGAAAAUAUCAGUCGAAUUCGAAACACGUAAUUGAUCAAAUUGAUCCUACUUUAGUCGAACAUAAUCUUACUAUACAAUUCGGUGAAAACGAGUCGCUUUCUGUUUUAGGAUUAUUUUGGUGUCCUGGAAAUGACACUUUCAUGUUGAAGUCAGACGUGCCUGAGCCGAAGGUCGCCAUAACCAAGCGACAAAUGUUGUCAACGAUUUCCAAGGUUUUUGACCCCUUAGGUCUUGCCUCCCCUGUAACGAUUAGGGGCAAACUUAUGCUGAAGAAGUUGUGGAAAUUAGGAGUAGCUUGGGACGAUACUGUGCCCUCAGACGUUGAGGCGUGUUUUAGUCUCUAUUUAAAUGAUCUUCGACAGUUGGCUAAAUUUGAAAUUCCCCGUUACAUUCGUGAAUUUAAUUCUGAGACUGAGACGAUUGUAGGUUUUUGUGAUGCUUCCGAGCAGGCGUAA